GCGCCUGCUGUACUUCCCAGUGGUUGCGUCCCAAACCCGGCGGGAUGUGCGGAAAACUUGGGCGCUUUGAACUGACAGCUGUGUACAGUAAGGUGACGUCUCCUUCUGGGUCACGUGACCCUUUACAGACAUCCACGAUGAGGGAGCGACAGAAGAAAAAGAAGGGGAGGACGUGGGCGGAAGCCGCAAAAACGGUUUUGGAGAAAUACCCCAACACCCCGAUGAGCCAUAAAGAGAUCUUGCAGGUGAUACAAAGAGAAAGGCUUAAAGAAAUCAGUGGAACUUCGCCGCUGGCUUGUCUGAAUGCAAUGCUGCACACAAAUUCCCGCGGUGAGGAGGGGAUCUUCUACAAAGUUCCAGGCAGAAUGGGGGUCUACACAUUGAAGAAGGACAUUUCAGACGUGGCAAAGGAGCUGUCGGAUGAGGGCUCCGAGGAGAGCAGCGACGACCUUUCUGACUCCCGAAGCACAGAAAACAGCAGCAGUGACAUUGCUCAAGAGGGCAGGAGAGGACGUUGGAUGCGGAGGGUUUCCUCCAAGCUACAGUCACAGCCGUCGUCUCCACAGCAUCGGUGCUCAUCGCCAUCUGUCCCCACCAGCAAGCUCAUCUCUCCCUCACAGAAGCACAGCAAGAAAGCCUUGAAACAGGCCUUGAAGCAGCAGCAGCAGAGAAACCAACGCAGACAGGGGGGAAUGCCAACCUCCUCCAGUCCCCGACUGCUGCUGAAAACAAUCAAAGACAUGACUGACAAUAUUAGUACAAAGACUGCAGAGCUAUGCCGCCCAGUCGUACCCAGGAAGGUCUCACCGAGGACAAGUCGUCUUAGUGCAGGGCAGAUAAAACGUACCAAGUGUAAAAUAGACGUGGAGACUCCUGACUCUAUUUUGGUUAACACUAACCUGCGGGCGAUCAUCAACAAGCACACCUUUUCUGUCCUUCCCCCAGACUGUCAACAGAGGCUGCUCAAACUUCUCCCUGAAGUUGACCGGCAGACAUGCAUGGACGGUCUUCUGAAGGUCACUGGUUCUGCCUUAAACAAUGAGUUCUUCACAUCAGCAGCACAGUCCUGGAAGGAGAGACUAGCUGAGGGUGAAUUUACUCCAGAGUUACAGCUGCGAAUGCGUCAAGAAAUUGAGAAGGAGAAGAAAGUUGAGCACUGGAAGGAGGCCUUCUUUGAAAACUAUUAUGGAGAAAAUUCCGGGCUCAGCUAUGAGGAAUCCAAAGAGCUGACAAAGCCUGAUCAGAAUCAGGAGUCUGCCAGGCCCAAAUCCCUCUCUCAUCAGACAGGACUUGCUGCUCAAGCACGGGAUGAAACCAAGGGCACGAAGGACGGCAAUCGGUCUGAAUCUAAAGACAUAAGGCCAGCGCAGACAUCAUCACGAGAGCCUCUGAAAGCACAGCAUGCUCAAAAAGAGCCGGGCCCUAGCACAGAGCCCAUGAAGACGCGGCGCUCACAGUAUGCUGAGGAUUGUAGGUUGAAAACAACGGCACCGUCUGAGGCAACACCUCCAGCAAGAACAUCAGAGGCUGAGCGACAGACUGAAGAAGUCUGUACGGAUUCACUGCCUGAGAAAGAUCAUAAAGAGGAUGCGAAGGACAAAAAAAGCGAGCUCACUCGGUCGCCUGCGAGGAAAAACCCUCCACCAAAGGCUGGUUCAGAGUUAAAAGAGGAUCAGCUCAUAUCUGUGGUUAAGCCUGCUGAGGAGUGUGAAGAGGUUGUCUCUGAGCCUGGCGGACAGACUGAGCCUCUGAAAAGAAAAUGUCUCAGUGAGACGGACAGUGAAAUGACACCAGAGAAGAGACCCCGAGUGUCUUCAGUUUCCUCUGAGUCUUCAGUCUCCUCUGUAUCUCCUCCAGCAUCAUCCUUAUCUAGUCCCUCUACACCAACAAGCCAGAGGGUUCCUCCAAUCAAGAUCCGGGUGUCACAGAUUCUUCCGGCUUCUGUGGCGUCAAGCCCGGUCUCUCCCAGGACUUCCCUCCCCGUCCCGCCCAGCAGCACGGGUCGCACUGGUGCUCGCACUUUGGCUGACAUCAAAGCCAAAGCUCAGCUCGCCCGAGCGCAGCGAGUAGCAGCUGCCGCUGUGUCAUCCAUAUCUAAGGGAGCAGUGCCGGGGCCGGGGCCAGGGGGAGGUACCGGUGAGCAGACGCAGCCAUCGCCCAGUGCAAGUCCAACAUCCCCACAGGCACUAACCAAGCUCCCAACCACCAGCAGCCAGAGCAGUACACCCCCUUCUCACACACUCACAACCUUUGAUCACCUUAACCCAAGUUGGUCUGUAGUUUCUUCCUCGAGGAAAUCAGAUGAAAUACAGAAAGGCCAUCCUGCUGUUACGGUCAGCGUAGGAAACCAUAACGUGACCACACACUCAUCAGCACAAACGCCACCCUUGCAUGUUCUGAAAGGACAGGAAAAUGCAUCUUCAUCAUCCAGGACCAGUUCCUGCAUUCCUGCAAACAACCCCCUGGUCACUCAGCUGCUUCAGGGCAAAGAGGUCCCUCUGGAGCAGAUCCUCCCCAAACCCCUGUCUAAGGUGGAGGUGAAAAUGCCAAACUGCCCAACCAGUAGUAAGGGGAAGAUAGUACACACUGUUGAGCACAGAGCUAAUCAGCAGAUUUCCCAUCAGUAUCCCAUCAGUACAGCAGGACGAACAGGAGCCUUAUCAGAUUACGCAAGACAUCACAGAGAACCUCCUGAUAAGGAGACUCAGGAGCAGAUCCUACAGGCUCUGAUCCAGAGGAGAGUCCAGCAGAUUCAGCCUUACGGAGGUUUUGUGCCUCAGCACUCUCAGUACAAAGCCCAUCAGUUAAUACAAGCAGAAGAACAUCAGGAUAAACCCAGAAUGUCUGUGGGCUUUUUGUGUCGCAAGAAGAUGCCUAGACCUGCCAUGACAGGACAUUACCUGCUCAACGUGUCCACCUACGGCCGAGGAGCAGAGAGUAAAAGGCUGCACCAGUCUGUCAUCCCAAAUACUGGCCUAAAAAGGGAAAGCCUGGAAGGAGAGGAGGCGGCUCGGGAGGAUGAACCAGCCAGGAAGGUUUCGUCUCCUGUCUCUGGGGUUAAAAUGGAGCAGCAGGGCUACUCCAUAAGCAAGUCUGAAGAAGCAGCCAGCUUUCAGGUUUGCUCCAAUGUAAAAACCGAGCCCGGCCUGGAGGACAGUGCAGCUGCUGCCGAUUACAGCUCCAGGGCCACGGCCAAAGACACCAGCUCUUUUUCUCAGUCACACCGAAGGCACCUCGAACUCUGCAAUAGUAAUCAAGGAAACUCUGAGCCAUAUUUUACCCCAGCGGACCCCGGGCACCAGCGGCCGUCUUCAUUUCAGAUUCCGAGAACGCCGGACAAUCAGGAACCCGCGGUGGCGCCGCGCUACGGCGGGACUAUCAACGUGUCUGUACCUCACGCUGUGAACCACAGCACCGCAGGGACCGGCGCCCUCGCGUCCGCAACGGAGGCCGACGCCAGCGCCGUUCACGGCAGCGUCAUGUCCUUCUCGGUGACCGUCACCACGAUCCCCGCCGGCCACUCUCUAGAGCACAGCAGCCAGGGCGAGCCUUCGCCAAACAAAGCCUUCACCGAGGGCUCCAACAUGGAGGAGGUCCAGUCUAAAUGCUACUGCCGACUGAAGGCCAUGAUCAUGUGCAAAGGGUGCGGAGCCUUUUGCCACGACGACUGCAUCGGUCCCUCAAAACUGUGCGUGUCAUGUUUAGUGGUACGAUGACAUGAAGAGCAAAAAUAUAUCAAGGAUCUAUAUUGUUGUGUGAGGAUCAGUACAGGACGGACUGUAACCCACCGUCACACUCCCGACAGAUUGACCAGCAUGUGACGGUUUGAACGGCGAUGAUCUAGACUGGAAGCUCUCCACUUUCUCCAACAACUGUCAGGCGUGUGACAAACGUCCGGCGAUGUUUGCACUCUGCCAGGAUCUGUGUGAUUUCUACACAUGAAAAGGUGAGCGAAUGUGUGUGAGUGCAGUUUUGCUUCCUUUAAAAAGGGAGGAUAAGUGAACAUUUGCUAUUUUUGUAGAACAUAAUGACUUUUGUGUUUUACACUGACACUUUUUAUAAUUGGCCCUAGUCAGAUAUAGUUCAAAAGCAAAAAAGGUGCUAAUGAUAAUCACUGGAUGUAGAGUCCUAUUUGGCAUUUAUGCUUGCAGGGAGGCACUAAUAGUAAGUGUUUUAUAAAAAAAGGUGUACAUUUAUUACUUUACACACUCAGAUUUAAGAAUGAAAGAACAUGUAUAGUUUUGGAAAGGGAAUAUAGAAGGGAUUAUAAUUUAAACUUCAGAAAAAACAACUUGUGAAUGCACAUUACAAGUUACAGGAGAAAGCACUUGAAAAGCUCCUGGACAUGAGAUAGUAACUGUAAAGCACUUACAGUCAAACGGGGGAAAGAUCUUUUUAUAUGUAAAAAAAACAUGCCUGUUUGUAAAAGUGAUGAGAUUUUUGGUUCAGGUGAAGGUCUGAAGUCACUUGUGUGACUCCACAUUUCUUUCCCCAAAAGCUGGAUUUAAGUGGGUUUUCUCACACUGUUUAUUUGCAUUAAUGUACCAGCAAUACAACCGUUCAAACAAUUCAACCCUCACCACAAGGGGGGGAAACUUUAGAUUUUUUUACUGUAAAUAUUUGCUCAUUUACAAUCCCUGCCUAGAUGUAGACAUUGAUUUUUAUUGUACUCAUGCAGCACACAUGCGUAAGCAUAUCCAGUUGUUUAUUACAAAAUAUUUUUUACUGUGGAAAGAAAAUAUAGUAAAUUAUGGUAAAAUGCUAAAUUCUUUAUCUUGUGAUUAUGCACGCUUUAGUUUUACAGAAUGCUUUGGCAGCACGUUACAACGCCGUGUAACAGGCAGAUAAACAUUUCACCUGAAAAUACAAAUUUGUCACAAAUUAAGGCAUUAUUGUGUUUAUGUGACUUACAGUCACGUAAAAAGAAUCAACCUUACAUAAUGAUGUGCAAGGAACCUGUGUGAAGUGUUACCUCAGCAGCUGUUUGGUGUUGACAACAAAUAGAUGAAUCAUUUAUAUUUUGAGAUCUAGGUGCAACACGGGCCUGUUUUUAUUACUAUGGUAAAAUGCCAAAGUCACCUUAAAGAAAACUAAAUAAUCAGAACUUGUUUUUAAUGUCUGGUAAUCAAAGUAAUAUAUUUUAAUUAAUAUAUUUUAAUAUAAAUGAUCUAUUUGCUAGUUGUUUUUGACAAAUCAACAGGGUAUUUACUAUAAUAAUAUAUUUGCUGUCCUCAUUUCCUAUAAUUUGUUUAGCAUGGACGGACCACACGUACAAAGAGUAACCUGACUUUUGUAGUCAGAUUAUCCAGUUGUCUAAUGUUCUGUUUGGCCCACAUUCUUUAACAGAUCCAUCCAUUUAUAUUUUCCAUAUAGUCCUUGUAUCCAUGUAGACGUCUUUACUUUUUUAAAACGUACAGUUGUUUUUAAAGCACAGUUUUUAGGUCACUGGCUUAAUCCAAGUCCGUUUUUAGAUGUGUUUGUUAUUAAAUGGGGGAUUGUGUCUUAUGGAAAACUGGCCUUAAGGUCAGAGGGCUAGAAACUGGAGAUUUUUCCACACAUUUAAUAUGAGAAUUUCACUAAAACUGUGCUAUCAGUAAUUUGUCAGAUGGUCGGUUGGUAAUGUAGUUCAUCCCCAAGAAAUAUUUAUUUGAAUGUGAUGUUAAGAUUAUAUUGGUGUACAUUUAGAUGAGACAUUAGGGCAAAUGCUCAAUCCCAAACAUAAAGGCAACUCAAAUUUUAUUGUAUUCAUAACAGUAACGUGAGUGAGUGAGUGAGUGAGUGAGUGAGUGAGUGAGUGAGUGAGUGAGUGAGUGAGUGAGUGAGUGAGUGAGUGAGUGAGUGAGUGAGCGAGCGAGCGAGCGACAGUGUCACUAGCAACCAGCACCACGUUUAAAAUGUCAUGUUUAACGUUUGUCUUUAAGUGAUUUCGUUUAAUCCCGUAUGUCCGUCAGUUUGUUUCCAUUUAAAGUCGGGUGAAUGUAAUAUAGUAAUCAGCACUUGUACGCAAAGUGUAUUUUAUGAAAAGUUUUAAACUAUUAUGAAUAAACAAUGAAAAGCUG